CAGCCUCGACGCUUCUCCCCGGCGGCGGGUGCUGUGUCUCCUCGGCCCCCCGACGCCGCCGGGAGCUAGAACAACCUGAUCGUCCCACCUCCAGGCGGCGGCAGCGACGGCCCCAGCCCCAUCCCACCGAGCCCGGGCGGCGCCCGGGCUGGGGGCCGGGACCAUGCACCCGGCGCGGCGCUGAACCCCGCGGCGGCGAAGCGAAGCCCUCUCCUGCCGGCAGCCCCCGACCUGCCUGCGAGCGGGGCCGCGCCCGCCGCCGCCGCCCAUGACCCUGCGCUCCGCCGAGUCCCUGGAGAGCGCGGAGAGCUCCGGGGAGCGCUGGGGGCACCCCGGGGCGGCGGCGCCCGUUGCCGAGGAGUGCCGUGAGGCGGAGCAGCUGGCCGCGGCUAUGGAGGAGCUGCGGCGGGCAGGGUGGUACUGGGGCAACAUGACUGUUGCUGAAGCCAAAGAAAGGUUACAGGAUGCCCCCGAAGGGACCUUUUUGGUUAGGGAUAGUUCGCAUUCAGAGUAUCUACUGACUAUAUCGGUAAAAACAUCAGCGGGACCGACCAAUCUACGUAUAGAAUAUCAAGAUGGCAAGUUUAGACUGGACUCCAUCACUUGUGUCAGAUCUAGACUUAAACAGUUCAACAGCGUUGUGCAUUUGAUUGAGUACUAUGUUCUUAUGUGCAAGGAUAGAACUGAAACACCUUCAAAUGGAACAGUUCAUCUUUACUUGAACAAACCCCUCUAUACAUCUGCUCCAUCUCUGCAACACCGCUGCAGAAUAGCUAUAAACAAGAGCACAAAUCAGAUCUGGGAGCUACCAUUACCAACAAGACUAAAAGAGUACUUGAAAGAGUAUCAAUACCAGGUAUAAAUAUAUUUUCUAAAUGCCUCUAACACAGAGUAAAUUUUGAAUGCAAUUCUUUAAAUCAGCCAAAGAACUGAGUAACCAGUUGUACGACUCGGCAUGGAAUUCACUAUCAAAACAGUGGCAGUUCUGGGGGAAAGGUUUUUAUUUCAGAUGCUACAAAGGGAGACUUUAUGUAAAAUAAUCCUAGUUUGCAUCCUUGGGGGUUCGACAAGGUGGCAUGCUAUUCUUGCAAGGAGAGAGAGAAGCCAGGAAUCUGUCCAGAUUGUGUUGCUUUGUCAAUAAAAUGCUGCACUAGCUCUCAAAUGCUUACUGAAGCAGUGGGAUGGGAGAGACUUCAUAAGUGGUCAGAGAGAGUUUACAAGUAUCUCAGUUGUCUGAUUCCAAGAUUAAUUUGGUGCUGGUGUUCAUAUAAUCCUAAAAGCUUAAAUAGAUCACACUGUGAUAAUCUUACUAAAGUUAUGCAACUAAUCAAAUCCAGUCAGAAAAAUGAUCAUGUAUUCAGUUUUUAUUGAACUACUUUCCUGCUUUUCUGCAAGCAAAGGAGUACUGUAAAUAAUCAGUCUAAAAUACUGUUUUUCAAAGUUCUCUGAAAGCUGACCUUAGGAGGAAAUGCUACAUCUUUCAUAGGAACCCAGUAUAUUGCUGAUUAUACCAGACUGGUAUCCCAAAAUCUUUAACAUGUUAAUAUCUUCACAGUGGUGAUGUAUCCAUGCUAUUAUUAUUAAGCCUCUUUUGGUUGAGGCUUUAGAACUAUAUGCUUUAGACUUGCAGUUUCAAUGUCAAGACAUGGAUUUCAGCAGUUACAUGUGUCUUCUACAGUGUAGAAUGUUUUCUUCAGGCUGUUUCCCAAAAUGUGGGGAAAUAAGAUGUGGAUUUUUUUAAGGGGGUUGGUUUACCUUUUUCUUGUUUUUUAUUUUCUUUUUAUUUCUUUUUAUUUCAUUUUAUUUUAUUUUUUAACUUCUAAUUCACCAUUGUAGCUAUCAGAUAAUUACUCAAUAAAGUAAAUCAAAGUGCACAACU